AUGCUAUACGAUGCAGAGGACAAUCCCAGCCCCCGUGGGCGACCCAGGCGCACAUCUUCGGACCGGUUGGCCAGGCCCUAUAGGAGCCGGUCCAGUUCACCGUUAGCCGAGGUGUCGUUAGCUCAGGAUGCGCAUGCCACCGAUCCAUCGCAUCACCUGCCAACACACGAGACCACCGCUACGUUUGGCGAGAUACGCCCCAGAAUCAUCAGAGGCACUACAUUUGAAAUACUCAGGACGGCUGUGCGCACGGAAAAAGACCCCGAGAACAUCUGCAUCGCCCUGGUGAACAUCGGCAAUCUCGUGUACUACCACAUGCUACAGUACGCGUCGGUGGCCACCGAGACAAACCGCGACACCGGUUUUGCCACAGAUGCAAACUCUCCUUUAGCGGGGAUGACUCGGCAGAAGUCGUGGUUAGAUCCACCUGAGAAGCAUGCGCAAGGCCAAUUCCGCAACACCGAGACCUCCUUCCAGUCCCCACCCCACCCUCCGCCCAGUGGUAACCAUGACAACCGUCGGGCAUCCUACACCACCGCCGCCAACGAAGAGAAGAGCUACCAAGGCAUGGUGAUGCUAUUGGUCGACACGUUGCUAGGGCAACUGAAUGUCCCUGCGCCUCACAACAUUGUGUGUGAUAUGGUCAUCGCACAGCUGUCGCUGUUGCCAGAUGUCAUAGGCCCCUUUGUCACGUCACAGGAUAUGAAUGAUCUGGAUGCGGGCGAUGCACCGGAUAAGGGUGCGUGGGCAGCCCUGGGUCGCCUGUCCUUUCUCCUGUACACAGAAGUCAUGGCCAACUUCUCUGACGCCAUCAUGACAGCCCUGUCACUCGACGCACACAGCGCAGAAGAGCAGCGCCUCAAAGACAACCGCAUCACGCGACUGUUGUUUGCGCUCAUGGACUGGGCCAUGAUCACCCCCAACACGGCAAAGGCCACCAUCACCACCAGACAUAGAGCGCAGAAGUCGUCGUCACUGUCCAAGUUGGAUGCCACAGGAUACAGUCCGAAGGUGUGGAGGGAAUGUGUGCAUGUGUGCAUGUUUGUAGAGAUGGCAUUACGUAUAUUCAUGCGUGCAUAUGCGUGGAGAUGGCAUCACGUGUAUCCGAUUGUAGUGUGUUACGUGUAG